CGUCCUCCUUCCUCCGUCCAUCUCCUUUUCCCUUUUCGCGACGAUCCCUCGUUCUCGUCCCCCAACGCUUCCCUUGACUUCUUCUUCAAUAAAUCCCUCUAUCCCGAUCCCGGUCUGCACCUUUCUAUGUCAGAAAAGCCGAACGUGAUUAUAUUUGGAGGUGUCAAUACCUGUGCGAGGGCCUUGGCGGCGUACUUGGCCCCUCCAUCGGGUGAAGACCUGGUAUCCAACCUUCGUAUUGUCGACAAAUACUCUGUCAAUCCACCUACGACAUACAUCGGCUCGGAGUUCCCUAAGGUGCUCGAAAAGCCUAAUGUCGAAUAUCACCAGGCCAACCUGACCCAACCAGCCACCGUCUCUCGGAUGUUCGAUCCACCGGAAGGACAAGCCCCUUACACAUAUGUCUUCGAUUUAACUGGAGACAUCGUUGUCGAUCGUCCUGAAGCCAUCUAUAUCAACCACACAUGCAAUGUGACGCGACUACUCGGCCUCGAGGCUGCAAAGAGGAACAUCAAGGCGUUCGUACGAUUGCAACAACCAUUCUACGAGUGCUCAGAGAAAGGAUCUCACGAAGAGAAGGAUGAUGUGAAGCCCAAUGGCGUAGUGGGGACCUGGUGGCAUGAGUCGUUGCGGAUUUUGGGCGCUGUUGGAGGGCUGAACUUGGUCGUGGUUCGGCCGGGACUUGUUUAUGGGCCUUAUAUCGAUUCUGGACUGAUGACGAACGUUUUGACUGUCGCCUCUGUCUAUGGAUAUAUGAAGAAGCCUAUGAAGUCAUUAUGGAGUCCCGGGAAGAAUCCCAUGAACACUAUUCACUCAGACGACGUCGCUGGUGCAUUGUGGGCUUGUGCUCAAUGGAUGGCACCUCUGGGGCGCGCAGAAGCGGAUAAAGUUGCGGGCGAGGAGGUGCAUUUCCACAAUGAGAAGAGCAAGGUAUCAGAAGUCACAGGUAUGCCACCAGCAACCCAGAAAGUUGUCGUUCCUCUCUUCAAUAUUGUCGACGACAAUCAAACAACACUGCAUAAAGCCGGAGAAACAAUGACCUCCUUGUUCGGCACCACCUUCGAAUACCACAAUUUCUUGACGAACACUGUCGCACGUUUCCGUCUUGAGGAGGCAGUCGAAGACAUCAAUGAGGCGCACGUAGGCGCGUGGGCCGAGAUGAUCACAAAGUCCAACCCACCUUGUCCGAACACUCACCUCAGCGCUUACAUGGAUACCUUCACUCUCUCGAAACACGUCGUCGCUUUGUCCAAUGCCAAAAUCAGGAAGAUCAUCGGCUACACGCUCAAACAGCCUAGCAUGACCGCCGAAAACCUUCGGGAGAUCGUGGACAAGUGGAAGGAAGAGGGCAGUUGGCCAAAACUCGACUAGGCUAUUUGGUCAGUUUCUUGGUCGCCUUGUGAUCUCGUCAGGUUCCGUCGGACUGUGUUUCGUGUCGCAUCGCGCUACUGUUGUAGAAGCUCUCUGUCUGGUGUAAUUGUUGCCGCUGCUAUCCUCUCGCGCCUCGAUCCGGUUCGGUUUGUUCGAUCACUAGUAAUUACUCUUUUCGCUGUUGCCGUCCACAACUCUUCUUUUGUCAAUGUACCACGACCCGCGUUCGGCAUCCUUCCAUAUCCGUUCUUACUUUUCGUGUACUUGGAUUUAUCCUGCAAGCUCCCGCUACUUUCCUUCUCACACACCAUUUUUUCCUAUUUCUUUUUCUUCAUUUCUCUUGCUUUUGUUUUACUGCCCUUCACCUACCCCGUAAUAAUCGCACCACUCCUCUCAGUGCCUUCCACACCUGUUCGUUCAUCCAAUGCACAAUCCCCACCCAUCCCUUCUCACCGAGCCACACCGUCCAUACGUCUAUAUAUACAUACCAUGCUUCACCUCUUUUUCACUCCUUUUCACUCUUAUUCCCCCUUCGGUUUCGACU